UAAUUGUGGAUUCAGGUGAAUUCAGGAAGUCCAUUGAAAUGGACGGUACUCAGUCUUGUGAUUUUUAUUCCUGUUUACUGUGUAAUGUUCAUUGAAAAAAACAUCAGCGUUUACAUAUUUAGUGUACAUUCAGAACCGCUGCCUUUCAGUGCCAUCUUGUGGUCAAUGAGGGCAGUGAAUAAUUACGCACUGUCUGUUAUUACAUUGUUAACAAAAAAUUAUUAUGCACCGACGGCAGACCACCGCUGUCAGAAAUAUAGAGUUCUCAGUGGUUUACAUUUAUUUUACCUUUAGUGCUAAAAGCGAAUGGAAGACAGCAGUGAAUCGAAUUACCGCAAAUUACCUCUCACUGCUAACAGCCGUUUGACCGACAUGGGCUUUCCCUGAAUUUUCUGGCACUCUGAUUUAUGACAAAAUGCGUUUUUGUCGUCUGUUUUACAAACUACCUUACAAAAAUGAAAUCAUAACCUAUUAAAUCUCAGACGAGUUACCUAUGGCUGGCCAGGAGAAUGGACAGGACUUGUUGAAGCGUUUGAGAAAAAUCGAGGCACCUCCAAACCCGCAGGGGGCGGUGGUUCACUUGACUUCCGACGUGACGUCACGCACGCGGCAAAAGCAAAAAUGACACAAGCGCGGCACUUCCUGAAAGUUUUCCUUUAGAUUUAGAUUCGUUAUACAACAUCCUGGCGAAAACACUUUACAUUCAGAAAAACAACAACAAGAGGUUUUAUUUAACAACCGUUGCUGAUUCGCAUAUUGAAGCAUUUGCAGGAAACAAUACACGAACUCAUGGAUUCUGCAGAGACGAGAUAUGCUCACCUGCUGCAACCCCUGCGAGAUCUGACUAAAAACUGGGACAUCGACCUGGCCAGCCAGCUCGGAGAGUAUCUAGAUGAACUGGAUCAGAUGACUAUUUCAUUUGAUGGCGGAAAAACCAUGAUGAACUUUGCAGAAGCUGCACUUUUAAUUCAAGGAUCAACAUGCAUCUAUGGUAGAAAGGUGGAGCUCCUUCACACUCUAGUGUUUCAAACAUUGGACUACAUCUCUAACAAAAACAAAAAACAUGAUAAACAAGGUUCUUCGGCAGAUGGUAAUCAAGGCAAAGCCUCUGCACACAAUGAAGAAGAUGAUUGUGAGUUUGAUGAGAUUGAGCAAAAUGAGAAUGUUAACUCUGUGAAUUUAACAAUGAAAGAUCCAACAGAGCCUGUAAAGAUUAUCCGUCUUCCUCCUGAAUCUCUCAUUCCUGCAGAAUCACUGGAGAAGCAGAAAUACCCUCUUUUCAGCCUCAAAGGAGAGAUUCUAGGCAGCUGUAAGGAUUAUCGGAUUAAUAAUUUCUCUAUGGAUGAAAUUGGGCUGAUGCGUCUGGGAUCUUCACACACUAAUUUACACAAGGACGUCUCUGAAAACCAGUACAACAUGUCUGUACAUGCACCACCUGUGCACUUAGAGACAGAAGGUGUAGCUGAGGUUGGUGGUGGUCAUGAUGAUGAUGAUGGUGAUGCAGAGGUUCUUCCUCCACUAGAAGACCACGGCAUGGAGGUGGAGUCUGAGGAGUGGGUUGAAAGACAUCAGGAGGCCCCCAGUGAGGGAAGGACGUUGAGGCCGAGACCUCAAAUACAACCAGUGACAGAGGAGCCCAAAAAGCUUAAGGAAAUUGUGGACCCUUGGAAAUGGCAUGACUCAUAUGCUGCAUUUGGGGAGGACAAGCCUCUGAAAACAGGAAAAUGUUGCAAAGUGCCAGCAGGACUUGAGGAAUCGGGAAAGAGGAAGCGCAAGGGUCCUUCAAAACUGCAGGACUUUGGGAGCUGGUAUUCGAAAGCCUUUGAGACUGCAGACCGCAAGCUUAAGAAUGGACCUACUUAUCCUGACCUUAAUUAUAUCUUUGUGAGUAAAAUGGGUCAGCGUCUGAAAGUACAGAAGCAGAUUCUCCGGACAAGGGGUGUUUUCGUAUCUGAUGAGGAGCUGAAGAAAACUUUCUUGGAACCAGAGAAUCUUGAAGGCCAGAUUGAGGAGGUCCUACAUGCAGAUGCAGGGGGUGAGGACUUUUCAGAUCAUGAACAUGACAACUUGGUCGAUGAACUCGAACCUGCAGAACACCUUGGUGAACCAGAGCACAUUUUUCAAGAUUUGCAUAUGAGCCGCAUGAGUUAUGAAGAUCUGGUGAAGAAGAGCGUGGAUCUGUUUUUGGUGAACUCUCAGAAGUACGCACAGGAGACAGCAUUGUCACGAAGGGUUAAGGAGUGGGAGGAUGGAAUCAAUCCUCAUCUUGCCGCUCAGGAAACACGUCCAGUUUUUGACAUCCACGAGUAUGGAGACAGAAUCGUUCAGGCGCUCUCUAAUGUCGGGGUAAAAAAAUCAUUUGCUUUCGUUGUUAAAGGGAAGGAGAACACAGAAGCCUGCAGAUACAUGCUGGCUGCACUACAGCUGGCCAAUGAUUACACAGUGGAGAUUGACAAGGGGGAGGGGCUUGAGGAAUGUGUAGAUACAAUGGAGCUCACGUUGCUCACUACACAGAGAGCUCAUGAACGUCUCAAAACCUACAACGCACCCUCUGCAACAGAUACUCCCUAAC